UGUGAGGAAUGUACUCGUAGUGUUGGUACGCAAAGUGACACUUUGCUAAUCUGUGUGUCCGAUUUUUUCUGGUAAAAAUCAAUAUAUUUCCUCAAAGUAAUAAGUUACAGUUUGCAAAACGAAAAAACAAUUAUUGAAAAUAACCCGUUGUGUUUCAAGUGAAAUUCCGUAGAAAAAAAAACCAGAGGAUCGCAAUCAAAAUUACUCCCAUCAGAAAGUAUACAAAAAUAAAGCAAAAACAUGGCACCAGUUCGGGGCGAUGGGAUGAGAGGUCUAGCGGUCUUCAUUUCGGAUAUCAGAAAUUGCAAGAGCAAGGAAGCAGAAAUAAAACGUAUUAACAAAGAACUGGCGAAUAUUCGGAGCAAAUUCAAAGGCGACAAAACGCUUGACGGAUAUCAGAAGAAGAAAUACGUCUGCAAAUUGCUGUUUAUAUUUCUGCUUGGCCAUGACAUUGAUUUCGGGCAUAUGGAAGCAGUUAAUUUACUAUCAUCGAACAAAUACUCAGAGAAACAAAUCGGCUACCUCUUCAUAUCGGUGCUGGUGAACACAAACAGUGAUCUGAUCAAACUCAUCAUCCAAAGUAUCAAAAAUGAUUUACAAUCACGCAAUCCUAUACACGUGAACUUAGCUCUGCAAUGUAUCGCUAACAUCGGUAGUCGCGAUAUGGCCGAAGCAUUUUCAAAUGAAAUUCCAAAGCUUCUUGUGUCCGGUGAUACGAUGGAUGUGGUCAAGCAAUCGGCUGCAUUGUGUUUGCUUCGCUUAUUCCGUACAUGUCCGGAAAUUAUUCCGGGUGGCGAGUGGACCAGUCGAAUAAUUCAUUUGUUGAACGAUCAACAUAUGGGCGUUGUUACAGCUGCAACCAGUUUAAUCGAUGCUUUGGUGAAGAAAAAUCCCGAAGAAUACAAAGGAUGCGUUAGUUUGGCAGUGUCUCGAUUGUCAAGGAUUGUCACAGCCAGUUACACAGAUCUCCAAGAUUAUACCUACUAUUUCGUCCCAGCACCGUGGCUCUCUGUUAAACUGUUACGUUUGCUACAAAACUACAAUCCUGUCACUGAGGAUCCGGGCGUACGCGGCCGACUGAACGAAUGUCUCGAAACCAUUUUGAAUAAGGCACAAGAGCCUCCGAAGAGUAAAAAGGUCCAGCAUUCCAACGCCAAAAAUGCUGUACUGUUUGAGGCCAUCAAUUUGAUCAUUCACAGUGAUAGUGAACCUGGCCUGUUGGUACGUGCAUGCAAUCAGCUCGGUCAGUUCUUAAGCAAUCGAGAGACAAAUUUACGUUAUUUGGCGCUGGAGUCGAUGUGUCAUCUGGCUACAUCUGAGUUUUCGCACGAAGCCGUUAAGAAGCAUCAGGAGGUGGUCAUUUUGUCGAUGAAAAUGGAAAAGGAUGUUUCUGUCCGUCAGCAAGCUGUUGAUUUACUGUACGCGAUGUGUGACCGAAGUAAUGCCGAGGAAAUCGUUCAAGAAAUGCUGAACUAUUUGGAAACAGCCGAUUACUCGAUUCGAGAGGAAAUGGUGUUAAAAGUUGCCAUUCUGGCCGAAAAGUAUGCCACCGACUACACGUGGUAUGUGGACGUUAUAUUGAAUUUGAUUCGAAUUGCUGGCGACUAUGUAUCCGAAGAGGUGUGGUAUCGCGUUAUUCAAAUCGUUAUCAAUCGGGACGAAGUGCAAGGAUACGCAGCAAAAACCGUUUUCGAAGCACUGCAGGCACCCGCGUGUCACGAAAAUAUGGUCAAAGUUGGUGGCUACAUUUUGGGCGAAUUCGGAAACUUGAUUGCUGGGGACUCACGAUCGGCGCCGAUUGUACAAUUCAAAUUACUUCAUUCAAAGUAUCAUCUAUGCUCCUCAAUGACACGGGCUCUGCUUCUGUCCACCUACAUCAAAUUUAUUAACCUGUUCCCGGAGAUUCGCUCAACCAUCCAAGAUGUGUUUAGACAGCACAGCAAUUUACGAUCAGCCGAUGCCGAACUUCAACAACGAGCCAGCGAAUAUCUACAGCUAAGCAUUGUGGCUUCGACCGACGUUUUGGCUACAGUAUUGGAGGAAAUGCCAUCGUUCCCGGAACGUGAAAGUUCGAUACUGGCGGUUUUGAAGAAGAAGAAACCGGGACGAGUACCAGAGAAUGAAAUUCGUGAAUCGAAGAGUCCUCUCCCCACACAAAACAAUACUCAAGUGAAUAAUCAUAAAUCGAAUAAUGUGAGUAGUAACGCAGAUCUGUUAGGAUUAAGCACGCCACCUUCAAAUGCAAAUUCGAAUCAAGGCACUUUGAUAGACGUUCUUGGCGACAUUUACAGUAACGGCAAUUCGGCUGUUCACAAUGCUAAGAAAUUCGUCUUCAAGAACAACGGAGUCCUAUUCGAAAACGAUUUAAUACAAAUCGGUGUCAAAAGUGAAUACCGGCAAAAUCUGGGACGAUUGGGCUUAUUCUAUGGCAAUAAAACGCAGUCAGUAUUGCAAAAUUUCACUCCAGUGCUGAUCUGGUCAUCUGAAAAUGCUCUGAAACUGAACGUCCAAAUCAAGCCAGUCGAACCGACUUUGGAAGCUGGCGCACAAAUUCAGCAAAUGUUGACGGCAGAAUGUAUAGACGACUAUGCUGAUACCCCCUCACUGGACAUAUCGUUUCGAUACAACGGCGUACAACAAAAAGUUAACGUUAAGUUGCCGCUAACUUUGAAUAAAUUCUUUGAACCAACCGAAAUGAAUGGAGAAUCAUUCUUCACAAGAUGGAAGAACCUAGGCGGGGAACAACAACGCGCCCAGCGUGUAUUUAAAGCACAACAACCGUUGGACCUGCCUGCCGCUCGUAAUAAAUUACUCGGUUUCGGUAUGCAAUUGUUGGACGGCAUUGAUCCUAAUCCUGAUAAUAUGGUCUGUGCUGGCAUUAUACAUACGCAAGGACAACAGGUGGGAUGUUUGUUAAGACUGGAACCGAAUCGACAGGCACAAAUGUUCAGACUGACGAUUCGUUCGAGUAAAGAAACUGUUACGGCCGAAAUGGCUGAGUUACUUGUUGACCAAUUUUAAGUAGACACAAAUUCUUUUCUCUUUCUUUUUUGUUUAAUUAAAAUAUUUAAGACGGAAAUGAAAAAUCAGAAGCAAAAGUAUGAUUAGGAAACGGCAUUAUUUAUUGGGUGGCCGGAGAGGGGGCCACAGAGAUUUGUAAGCAGGAAUGGUCGGGAAAAAAAUCGGAAACUAUUUUGUUGGAUGGCGAGAAAAGAAAUCAACCAAUCACGACUUUUCGAUCAUGGAGUUUUCUUGUCUUAUUUUGCGUUUUGCUAAUGUGUAUCUUCUAUUUCGCUACUUUUGUACGUUCUUUUCCUUUUGUGAUUUAUUACACAUCAAUGUAAGAUUAUUCCGAUGAUUUUGCCAGACUGUGAACUGUGCAAGUUUUUCACUUUUUUUGUAAUUUAUUUUUGUAUUCAAUUUCGUAUCAGCAAUUCAGCAUAUGGCUUUGUAAAAUCUAGAAUUUACCUAAAAAAUUAAACGGUGGAAGCGAAUUCAGUUUUCUUUUAAAUUGUAAUCC